UAAAACGAAAAAAGAAAAGAAAAGAAAAGGAGCAAGGACGAAAUGGUCAAAAAGAGCGUUUGCAGUGUGUGAGGUUUAUCACAGAGCAUCGACUCUUGAGAAGCUCGGAAUCAAAACAUUGUUAGACUCGUUUAUUCUUUCUUUCUGUAAUUGAUCUUUUCAGACAAGAUGACUCAAGACGUGGAGAUGAAGGAGCAAGCAGCUCCUCCUUCCAAUUCUCUUUCAUCCACUGCCCCUUCCAUCUUCCACCAUUUGAAAGAGAUAGCAUCGUUGAUUGAGACUGGGGCAUAUGCUCGUGAGGUUCGGAGGAUUUCGAGAGCCGUGAGGCUGACUAUGGCACUGAGGAAGAAGCUAAAGGCUUCUUCACUAUCUGCUUUCCUCAAUUAUGUUCUAGUGCCUGGAUCUGAGGUGUAUUCCCGGCUAUCUUCCUUCCUACCCAAGGAAGACGAGCAGGAUAUGGAAGUUGAUACUGCAACAUCUGGAGCUCAGGCACCGAUUAAGAAUCCUUUGCCAGAGCUUGAGAUCUAUUGCUACUUGCUUGUAUUGAUAUUUCUAAUCGACCAGAAGAAAUACAAUGAGGCUAAGGCUUGCUCCUCAGCAAGUAUUGCUCGUCUGAAAACUGUCAACAGGAGGACUGUUGAUGUACUAGCUUCUAGGCUUUACUUCUACUACUCUCUGUGUUAUGAACUUACUGGUGAUCUUGCCGAAAUUCGAGGUAAUCUCCUUGCAUUGCAUCGGAUUGCAACAUUACGCCAUGAUGAGUUGGGUCAGGAAACACUCCUUAAUCUGCUGCUGCGGAAUUAUCUUCACUACAACUUGUACGAUCAAGCAGAGAAAUUGAGGUCAAAGGCCCCCCGUUUUGAAGCUCAUUCAAAUCAGCAGUUCAGCCGAUACCUCUUUUACCUUGGAAAGAUCAGGACAAUCCAGUUGGAAUACACUGAUGCUAAAGAAUCUCUUCUUCAAGCUGCUCGUAAAGCUCCUCAGGCUGCUCUUGGUUUCCGAGUUCAAUGCAAUAAAUGGGCUAUUAUUGUCCGGUUAUUGCUUGGAGAGAUUCCAGAAAGGACUGUUUUUAUGCAGAAAGGCAUGGAGAAAGCAUUAAGGCCAUACUUUGAGCUGACAAAUGCUGUUCGCAUAGGAGAUCUGGAGUUAUUUAGGAAAGUUGCUGAGAAGUUCUCCAGCACUUUUAGUUCAGAUGGAACUAACAAUUUGAUUGUGAGACUCCGGCAUAAUGUCAUUAGGACUGGGCUACGAAACAUCAGUAUCUCAUACUCUCGGAUCUCGCUGGUUGAUGUUGCAAAAAAGCUGAGGUUGGAUUCUCCAAACCCUGUUGCUGAUGCUGAGAGUAUCGUGUCCAAAGCAAUUCGAGAUGGUGCAAUUGAUGCGACGUUGGAUCAUGCGAAUGGAUGGAUGGUAUCGAAGGAGACUGGGGACAUCUACUCUACAAAUGAGCCUCAAAUUGCUUUUAACUCAAGAAUUGCCUUCUGUCUGAAUAUGCAUAAUGAGGCUGUGCGUGCUCUUCGAUUUCCUCCAAAUUCCCACAAGGAGAAAGAAAGUGCUGAGAAGAGGAGAGAGAGACAACAGCAAGAACAAGAGCUUGCUAAGCACAUAGCUGAAGAGGAUGAUGAUGAUUUCUGAUUGGGUCUAUUAUCAUGAGAUGAACAAGGAAGAUGCUGUGUUUAAGAUUUCCCUGCCAUUUGAGAUUUGGAUAUUUAGCUUAUUCCUUGGAUUAAACAAAUAUGCCUCAUCUGCAAUUUCUUUUGGCCUUCUAUUUCUCCUAUUAUGAAGUACCAGAUUUCAUAAUUAAUGUUUUUACUGUUAGCAAAAAAUUUGCUGUGGAAUUCUCUCA